UAUCCCGUAGGAAGGAGCGUUGCCUCGCGGCGAGCGAACCUCGUCGCGGUCUCUCAUCGGCGGCGUCGUCGGUGGUGCGCCGGCCCGCGCGUCAACCCAAACUCCUCGCGAUUAGACCUUCCCGUGCACGUUCCUAUCUUACGUCCGUGAUGGCGGCUGUACCUGAUAUGUCGCACCUCACCCCCGAGGAGAGGAGCACCAUCGAGGAGGUUAUGAUACGGCAAAAACAGGAGGAGGAGAAGGAGAAUGAGAUUAUGAGACGAAAGCAGGACGAGGUGAAGAUCCUCGAGAACACGAUACGCGCCUACUCGGAGAAGCAUAAGAAAGCGGGAGUGGAGCUGCACGCCACGUGUCUCAUAUGCCUGAAAACGAAGUUUGCCGCCGGCGCCGGCCACACCUGCAACUACUGCAGCAUCCUGUGCUGCGCACGCUGCGGUGGAAAGGUCAAUCUACGGUCGAACAAGGUGAUAUGGUCGUGUAUCUUAUGCCGCAAGAAGCAAGAACUCCUGUCGACGACUGGAAAAUGGAUGACGAAAUCGGGCCUCGCUACCGUGGACAACGCGAUGCUGCGACGGAUGCAGGACAUGCAGGUGGGUGGUCCUCCGGGACUCGUGGACCAAACUCAGGAUAAAAGACCGAAACUCGAGAGAGCGCACAGCGCGGCUGAGAAGGAGAAUUUGCCCUUGUUACAAAGGAGCGGAAGUCUGCUCAGAAGACAGUACUCUCAGCAAGAGCAAGUCCCAGUACGUCGGCUGUCGAUGAACGAUAGCGGAGUGGAUAUGUCCGUUUCGCCUCAUUCGAGAGCCUUGCCGACGCCCCACGUAGCUUCUCAUCAAACGCAGCAGCCGCCGAGGCAUCCGGACGCGUACGCCGAGGAUGAUCCGAAUCUCUACAGAGGGGAGAUCGACGGUCUUAUGAAACAGCAGAACUACCAGCGACAACGACCGAUCUACCCGGAUCAGAAUACGGAUUUUACAAUGACAUAUGGUCAGCCGACGGUAGAAGCAGGUCUACCUCGAUCCAUAGUGCAUCCUCCUCAGCAACAUUCGGUGCAUCAAAUGCAGAGCGCGCGUCCCCCACAAUCCGUGGGUGGACAGGGCGCUCUACAGCCUCAAAGGAGCUUCAGCAGCAGCGAAGAAGAACGAAGCACACCUGAGUGUGCUAGCGACGAGCCUGACGAGUCAGAGAAGGGGAAGGGGUACUACCACCAUACGGGAGGUCCGAUGUCAAUGUCCGGCGGUGGACGUAGGCACAAUGGACCCCACAACGGGCACCACAACACGGGCGCGAUGACCAUCGAAUAUAACGGUCAUCAUCCACCGCGAGAGCCGCGAAAAGAGGAGAGCACUCUCGUCAGACGGAGCUUCCGAAGGAGCGGCGACGAGUGGCGCGGCGACAGUAGGAGGUUCACGGAAAGGAGGGGGAAAAAGACAGUGCGAUUUGACGGUGGGACCAAUGUCGGCGGCCCUCAGGAGGAUUGGUCUUGGGAGGCCGAUCGACAGGGUAGCCAAGACAGCGCGACCAAAGACUCCGGAAUAGACACCUCUAGCACCUUCACGAGCAGUGAAGACAGCAACAGGGGCGACCUGCCCAAGCAUCCGUUAUCCUGGCAAGUGAGCAGAGACGGCCAGAAGCUCAUUGGCCAUAUGGUGUUGCGAAAACAGCCUGGUUCCGGAAGCAGUAGUAGUAUACUCGGGCUGAAAGUCGUCGGCGGGAAGCUGCUGGAGAAUGGCUUUACGGGUGCAGUCAUCGAGAAGGUCAAGAAGGGUAGUACGGCCGACAUGGAAGGUCGACUGAGACCCGGUGACGAGGUGAUCAAGUGGAACAGGAGGUCUCUUCAAAACAAGAGCUCCCUUGAAGUUUGCGAAAUCAUCGCCGAGUCGAGACAGGAGCCCCAAGUGGAGCUAGUAGUUUCGCGGAACUUGUCUGCGACGACGGCGCCGGCGACGAUGCCUGCGGGGCCGACGCCUUCGACGCCGAUGGCACCGAGGAGGAUCGCUGCGCAGACCCAGUGGAGACAAAAGCACCCGGAGACGAUUCCCGGGCCGCAGCAACCGCAUCACAAAGAGUUAUACGACGCGAGGCGCGAGAAACCUUCGGUUUUAGUGACAUCGCCUGGCUCGCCGGAUCUGCACGCUCAGGGACGCGUCAGGAACUUUCGACACACCAUCGGAAACACAAACGUCGGUGGUAAUCUGCAGGUGCAAGUGGGCUUUGAUCCUGUGGCGCUUCAGUUGAUCGUCACGUUGAUCUGCGCGACGAGACUCACGCCCAGGAGCAACGGCCAACCUAGAAACCCCUACGCCAAGAUCUUCCUGCUUCCGGAUAAGAGCGAGAAGUCGAAGAGACGCACGAAAACGUUGGCAAACACGAACGACCCGAAGUGGGAUCAGACAUUCGUCUACGACGGAAUCAGGAGGCAGGAGCUGAGGAAAAGGGCGUUGGAGAUCACGGUGUGGGACUACGGGAAGUACGACGCGAACGAUUUCCUCGGGGAGGUGGUGAUAGAGCUGGCGACCAGUCGGUUGGACGAGGAACCGGAGUGGCAUUCCUUGAUCAGCCACGGGGAACACCAGCACAUUAGAUACUAUCAGGAGCCCGAUGACACGGUGAUAACUCCGGUGGACUGUCAUUUCAGUCCACCGUCGACGACGUCGCGGCAGAGCGACUCUGACACUUCCGAAAACGAUAUCACGGACUACGACGUCUCCAGGGAGCAAAGGAGAACAGCUGACGGUGCCAGUGUAAGCAGUGUCGGCAGUUCCUCCAGGUUUCAUAAUAUGCCGUCAAAUUAUAAGCGCCACUAUUCUAGCCCCCCGCCGGAAAGGGAGUUCUGCAUCGACGGGGAGCAUCGAAGUCGAAGGGACAUGUCGCCGCAGGGCCGUAAACGAGCCGCUCUGAUGAACCGUGAUCAGCCCGCGUCUAUAUCUGGCUACCAGACCUAUCGUAAGGAGGAUAUUCAUCGAGGAAUGAUGAGCCACAGGUCGCACAGUGCAGCACCGAUGGACUCGUCGAGCCUUCGAUAUCGAGGAAGGUCUCAAAGCCCCACCGGUCAUCGGUCUCUGUCUCCACCGGAACAUAGAUCCAUGCCCUACUCGCACAGCUACGUAUCGACCAGAUUCUGUUCGAGGUCAGCGACGGCCACUCCCACCGGUUCGCCAAAAAAGAGACAGUUGCCUAUAAUUCCGGCAGCUUUGAAGGAAAGGGCCUCUCAAGAUCUAGAGGAGCGAAAUAGAUUUAUGAGACCCCAUAAUAGACAGGUGCAUACAACGUACAGGAGUACAGCCAUGGGAGGCUGGGAAAGAUGCUGUAGUGGCCUGUCGGACUCGGAUCUUCCCUCGAUAGUUCACGAUCCGUUGCCUUUGCCGCACAGCAAUGCUAACCGAAUGCACAGACCGCAGAGAAGACACUUGAGUCCUGACAAAGACAUAAUUGGAGAUCUCGGUGACUCCGAUAUAGAGAGUAUAGCCUCCGUAACGAGUAGUGCCUUCAGUACGCCGUCGGAACGAGCACGCGAUUCCAGAGGACUAAUACCGACAGUUAAAAACGUUUUAAUACCCGGUGUCAUAUCCCCUAUGCCCUUGCCCCCUAGGCGCAAUAGGCGCAGGCACAGACUUAGGGUACCCUGCAGCGAAUGUCACUGUCCGAACAACAAUCCCACCAAGCCCAGGAGCAACAACCCCAGCAAGCACAAUCCCACCCCGCAUCCCCUCGUACGGAGCAAGUCCGCAGUGGUGCGCUCGUUGUACAGAAAGAUGCGUACGCCAUUCACGAGGUCGCAGACCGUCGACGAGAACAUGCUGAGAUAUUACAGCCCGGAGACCAGCGAAUACAGUGUCUCCGAAGGUUACAUACUCAAGCCAGAGGAGCUAACCGGUAGCUCGAAGAAACGUAUACCGGAGAUAUACGUCGAGGAUUGUCUUCAGGUUGACUUCAACGAUCGUCUCAUCGAGAAGUUUCGCGACAGAUACUCGUCGCCGUAUCUUCUGGACUCUGGUAUGCGUAGACGAUCGCGUAGCUGGCAGGAUCGUACCGGAAGAACCGCGAAAGCUCGAUACCAAUUCCUCUCGAGAGGGUUGCACGACGUUACGGACGACUGCGGCAUUAGGAAUCUAGACGUUAGCUUACGACCGCGUAGGUCUUUUUUAUUCUCCAAGGCUAGGAGCUUCGAUUACGACGUGCUGCACGACACCUACGCCAACCGCUGCGGUUUCGGGAUAGGCGCUGGCUUGCUCUCGCGCCGAGCGAAAAGUUUCGAGUACGAGACCAUCUCUACCAGCAACAUAUUCAGCGACGACAGUCUCAGAACGGCCAGAAGAAAGCUAAAAAGGAACAUGGCGAUCAACGACGCCGGCUACGGCGAUAAAAUACCCGCCCUCGGCGACCAGAGUAAAUCGUACUUUGAUUCGAACGGCGACGACAAGGUCCCUAGAAGCCUUAUCAACCGGGAGAAGAAUUACGAUUACCUGCUCAAGCAGGACCACAAACCGUUCUACGGUUACGGGUCCGAGUUCUGUUGCGGCGGAACCGAUAUUUACAUGCCCCGUUUCAAUAAUCAAACCAUCGAUUUAGACGGUACCGGUAAGGGUUACCGAUACGACUUGAUGGCUGACAAGUCCUUCAACGGCGAUGAUCAAAUCGGUCUGAGGAACGUCCUCGGCAGGGAAGACCCCACCAAACGGAAGUACAUGGACUCGACUUUUCACGAGCACGAUUCUACGUUCGGCACCGACAUAUCGGAGAAACGUACGAAGAAUCUGGACGGCGGUAUGUGCGAUCCGACGAGUAUGAGCGAGCAUAUUUACUGUAGCAUCGACGAAGCGCUCGCGUCCGCUGAGAAUUAUGCCCGAGAAGUGGACGUCUCUUGUUCUCCUCAUCGAGCCACCUCCGAUCUGGACCAUUACGACAAUCAAAGAGGCACCGGUCGCGCUCGCCGAAGAACGAAAAGCAGCGAGUCGUAUUUGGAGAACGGAUACGAUGGUUACGACUGGGACAUCGAGUACGACGAAGGGUUCGUCGACAGGGCGAGAAUCGAGGAUUACGAUCAACGAUUGUACACUUACGAGGAUACGAACGUUCAGCUGCCGCGAACCGACAUGCAGCAGACGUACGAAGACGAGUACUACGACAGAAGGGAAGACGAACCACGGGGCAGCGCGCGAAAGAAGAGAACGUCACAAUACGUCGACGAGUACGUCGCCGACGAAUAUUGCGACUAUCGUUCCGCGGACGAGUACGAUUAUCGGGCGGAUCAGUAUCAGGACGGCUUCGCGCCGCGAAGGAGACGAAGGAGAAGCAGAAGAGGAAGCAGAGAGACGAGCAUCGGCAUAUACGAGAACGUGCAACCGUAUCGAGAGAGCAGCAAACACAACCUGUCCGUGCCGAGCUUCACCGAGAGCAAACGGAUGAUGUUGCAGCGUGCGGAGUCGUCGCCCGUGCUGCGCUCGGACGAGGAGCUCAGCUCGUCCGAGAGGGCCGAGAGGGCCAGACGGUUGUACCGUCGCAGAAGGAACAGCAGCUGCCCCGAGACCAGAGAGCUCCGGUAUUACGAUCCGUCGCGAAGAAAAGACGAAGAGAGAAGCAGCGCGAACUUCAUCGUGGACUCGGACGAGGAUUUCGGCUCGAUGGAGACGGUCGUGUGCGCGGACUGCUUCCGUCAAAAGAACGAGUACGUCGGCGCUGCUCGCGAGGCUGCUAGACCGACGACGUACUACGAGAGAGAACAGGACGUUUACGUAGACUCGAGGUACGAGUACGGGCCGGAUCAGAUUUGCGAUUGUCCGGAAACGUGCGAACUGAUUAGGUCGGGAUCUUUGCGGUCGUCGCAGUAUCGCGGUAGGCGUAAGAGUAGCUGCCCGGAGUGUCGGGAGUUAGCGAUUUCCACGGAGUUAGGUAGGUCCGGGUCGCUGUCGCGUAAGACCGAGGAGAGAAGGCCGUCGUUAGAAUCGAGGCUUAGGUAUCGUAGACGGAACAGCAGCUGCCCGGAGGCUAGGGACCUCGAGCUCCUCGACAAGAGGCAGCAGCAGCAACGGCAACAGCAACCCCAACAGCAAACGGGUCAACAACAGCAGCAGGGUAGUAAGAGGAACGUAGCAAUCAGCGACACCCUCGAGUACUACGAGUACUCGAUGGAGAGCGAGAGCCAGUGCAGCGAGAACUGCGGAUUUGGCCCGUGCGAUCCGCGUAGGCCCCGUAACCGAGCACCCCGCCCCGGUAACGCUAAUUCAAGUCUCUUUGAUUCCCAAACCGCUACCUCCGACACUGCUAAAAACUACCACCCACGGGCCGUCGAUCACCACGAAACCUCACGAAACACGAAACCAUCGUCGCGCGACAACAUCGACGAAUCCGCCAUGCCGACAACGUCCCCGACGUCCUCCAUUCGGCGGCGAUCGCGGAAAAAAUUUGCCCACGACGCCGCCAACGAACAACGCGACGCCGAUCCGCGGGAUCGUCGAUCCUCCUCCAUGCCUGAAAGCAGCGAGUACACCGGCCAGUCGAGCUCCUACGAGAAGGCGUCCAGAGGCCAAGGAGUCGAUAACGAGCACGACGAUCAUGGCAAGAGAGGGCAGUUUGCCAGGAGCCUUAGCAACACCGACGCCCCGCAGGACGACAAAGUUGACGGUAGUUUGAGCGAUACGGCGAUCGGUUUGAACGUCGAAGACUCCUCGAGGAGAGGUCGCAAGAGCUCGCCCGGGAGUAAAAGCGGAAGCGGAAGCAGCAGCGGCGGCGGAAGUGCGGUGCAGUAUCAGCCAGGGCUGGGGAAGAAGAGUAACAGCACCAGUCAGCUGUCCGCCACAGAGUGCGGUAUCGGCGGGAUCUUCACCGGAAGUGGUAGCGUGGAGCCACGCGUUGGUUUAUCGAGCCGGAAGCGCAACAGCACGCCGAGCAGCAUACAGCGUUCCGAGGAGAUUGUACCCUAUCAGCGCUUUGAACCCGGAAAACAGUCGGGAUCAGCGGCCAGUGACACAGCCGGAAGUCUCAACUCGAUCUCUAGUUCCGAAGGAAGCUCUUGGUCCCCCAGUCUGCGAAUGACAGGCGAAACCGAUCAGUUGCGAGAUUUCAUCGACGAUCUUGGUCCCGGACAAAUGGUUGGAAGGCAGGCGCUCGGUGCUCGGUGUCUGGGCGAGAUUCAGCUCUCGCUGACUCAGAAGGAAGGCUACCUUGAAGUGGAGGUGAUACGUGCCAAGGACUUGAAGCCAAAACAGGGCAGUAAAACAAUUCCAGCUUCGUACGUGAAAGUUUAUCUGGUCAGCGGUAAAACGUGCAUCGCGAAAGCGAAAACGACGGCGGCUAGGAAAACGUUGGACCCGUUCUACCAGCAGUCGUUAACUUUCAGAGAAAAUUGUCAACAUUGUAUACUGCAGGUGACAGUAUGGGGUGAUUACGGCCGAUUAGAGGGGAAAAAAGUGUUCAUGGGCAUUGCGCAGAUCAUUUUGGACGAACUAAACCUCAAUGACAUGGUGUUCGGGUGGUACAAGCUGUUUGGCAACACAUCCCUGGUCAGUGGACCUCCAUCCUUGGCUUUGUCCCGUCGAUCCUCGGCCACGUCCCUAGAGUCCUUUAAGAUUUAAGCAAAUGUCCCAGCAGUUCUCUCUUUACGUGUAAUCGGACGUACUUUAAAUUAUUUUAUAAGUAAUUUCUAAUGGAAAGAGAAAAAUGGAAAAAAAAAGAUC